UCUCUGACACUGUGUCACUCAGCAAUAAGGGAUCAGUGUACCUGUCUUGGUUGUGUAUGAAUGCUCUCUGAGCUGAAGAUAUGACUUUUUUAAAACUAUUAGGUUUCGUUUAUGCAGUGGCACAAGUUCUAAUGCCAUGCCUUCCUCCAGUUCCUUUGUCCAGUGAAGUCCUGUCUACUGACCAGUAUUUAGGAAAGUGGUAUUACAUUGGAGUGGCUUCGUGGAAAGAUGAGGACAUUGAAAGCUAUAAGUCAGUGGAUAAUUCAGUUGUGGAACUGAAGAAAGGUGAAAACAACACUCUGAUUAUGGCUGGAGCAUUGCAUCAGGAGGAUCAGUGUAUCAACAUGGCCUGGACAUACCAUAUUCACCCAGAUAGGGAUCCAGUCAUGACAGAGGGUUUGGCAGAAAAUCUUGGAGUGUUCUUGGAUGGAGAAUGGAUAAAAUGCCCCACCUGUCUGAUUGUUGCCAAGUUUCAUCGCAGCAACAGCUUUUUAAGAGUCAUGUUAUUUGACCGUAACGAGAAAACGUCAGAUGACUUGGUGAAAAAUUUUAAGUCAAAAAUGGGAUGCUUGUUGAUCAAUAGGUUUUUAAUAUCUCCACGGACAAAAGACUUCUGUGAACUAGAAGGAACUGAAUGAGCAGUGCUGACAACCCUUACUUUAAUUAUGGCUCACCUGUGAUGAAGAGACUUCAGUAUGUACAAGAAGAAGAUCCCCUACAGGAAAACCUGAGCUGUCUACACUUAAUUAAUUUGACCAUUUAGAGCUGCCAGAUAUAUAUGCCUUUGUACAUCAGUCAAAUAAAGUUUGUGAUUUUGUAGUGA